AUGAUGACUAGUGCUGUCUACAAGAGCCAUCUAGUUACACGUGACUCCAACCGAGCAGCUAGUCAGAUCUUUGCUAAGACUAUGGUUCGGCCGAGGAUCCUACUUUUCAUGGAGCCGAUAGUCUUACUGUUGUCUAUUUACAUGGCAAUCAUUUAUGGAACCAUGUAUAUGGAAUUUGCCGCCUUCCCCAUUGUCUUCGGAGAUACCCUCAAGUGGCCACAGAGCACCUCAGGUCUGUCAUUCCUAGGGAUGAUGAUUGGGCAGAUCCUCGGCUGUACCUAUACAGUGCUUGACGAUGGCCGUUACAAAAAGGUUGCCGAUCGCACUCCCUAUGGUCAUCCUCCUCCGGAAAGUCGAUUGGUCCCAGCUAUGGUCGGCGCAGUCACCCUUCCAAUCGGACUCUUCUGGUUCGCAUGGACCAAUUUCCCUAGUAUCCAUUGGAUUGUAUGCGAGAUAGGAACUGUUCUCUUUGGUUUCUCUCACGUAUCGAUUUUUUUAAGCGUUGUGAACUAUCUGGUCGAUGGCUAUACUAUGUACGCUGCUUCUGCGUUGGCGGGUAACGCUGUUAUCCGUGCUCUUUUCGGUGCAGCAUUCCCUCUCUUUACCACUCCAAAUUAUUACAAUCUUGGAAUCCAUUGGGCUUCCUCUAUUUCGGCCUUUCUUGCCAUUGCCUGCUUGCCAUUCCCAUGGAUAUUUUACAAGUAUGGACCGGCUAUCCGUCGACACUGCCAAUAUGCUGCUGAGUCCGCCCGACAGUUGGAUACCAUGGCCGAUCGAAUGCGGGUGCAGACUGAACUGAGGGCAACAAAUGAAGAGAAACCUGAUAAGGAGACUAAUUCUGCCACUAGCUCAGAUGAUUCCCGUACUGGGAAAGGGGGACGAAGAGCUCCGAAGUGUGAUCGGGUGAGUCUGUGA